AUGAUUGAUUUUAGUUAUUUACGACCUCCUCUUGAUGUAUAUUAAAUUAAACAUGAUGGUUGGUUAUCAUUUCAUAAUUAUAGCCUUUUAUAUAAAACAUGGGGAAGGGAAGAAUCAUACUAGAAAAAUAUUUUUUAAUCAAGAAUUUGAUGAAUAUGAAAAAUAAAAAAUACAAGAGUUGACUAUAAGUAUUUAAUAACAUAAAUUAACAUUACCUUCUGAGUAUGAUCAUUAUAGACUUUUAGUUGGUGUUAAGAGCUGACUCUUAAAUAUUGUUAUUCAGGAGGAUUUGAAAUUAGUAAAUGCAUUUAAAGGUUACAAAAACAUUUAGAGUGGAUUCAUGAUGAAAAUUAUCAAGUUUUAUCUCCAGAGGCUGAAUAAUAUUUAGUUUAAAUUUAUAAAUAUUCAAUCUAGAAACAAGGCUACAUUUAUUAAUUUGGAAGAGAUCAUUAAUACAGACCUGUUAUUUAUAUAUAAUUGUAAAUGAUUUCCAAAAAUAAAGUUCAUGUGCCAACUCUUUUAAAUGCAGCAACUGCUAUUGGAAAUAUUGUAACUAAGUUUAUGUAUACUCGUGGUUAUGUUGAAAAUUGGAUUGUUAUAUUGGAUAGUGGUGGAAGUGGAUUAUUCGAUUUUCCUUUCUCCACUCUCAAUAUGAUUAAUGAAUUCUUUUCAAUUAAUUACACUAGUUCAUUACAUAAAAUGUUUAUUUUGAAUCCUUCCUUCUUUUUUAAUUCCUCAUGGAAAUUAAUUGAAAGUAUAAUUCGAUAUCUCAUUUUUUAGAAAUUAUUCAUCCAGAAACUGCUGCCAAAAUCAAUUUCCUUAAAGCUUAAGAUUUUUAUAAAUUAUAAGAAUUAAUUCCAGCUGAAGAAAUAGAAAUCAAAUAUGGUGGUUAACAUCCUAAUUUAACUACUUUCUGGCCUCCUAUUAAUACUAAAGCUCAAAAUAAUUAACCAAAUGAAGAAUUUCAACAUAUUCAAAGACCUCCUACUCUUACAAAACGUACUUAAAGUCUUAAAGAAUCUGAAUAUUUUAGUAUUGAUAAUAAUUCUAAAGAGUUUUAUAAUAAUUCUAAAAUGAAAGGUAAUCUAUUAUUUAAGUAGAAUAUCGGAUACAUGAACAAUUUCAAGAAGUGGAUUAAUAGCAUGCUCAAUGUUGUUCUUGUAAUAUAAUGUGA